AUAAAGUUUAAAUUUUUAACAAUGCACGAGUUAUGUAAUUCAUUGAUGUUACUCUAAGCCUUAUUAAUAUCAAACUGAUUGAAAAGCAAUUGCCAAAGAAAAUAUUAAUAUAUAAAAUACAAUCUGAAUUUCAAUGUAAAUAAAGCAGUUUGAACAUAUGGGUUUCUCUAAGAUGAUUAAACGUUUGCUGUACGCAAACUUUGCAACUUGUAGUUCUAAAAUAAUAGGAGUAUUAGCACCAUUAACAAUACCACCCUUGCAUAUCACAUUUAUGUAUUACUUUUGGCAAGAAUACUCACGAGAUGUGGAUAAACAAUAUUGCUCAUGUUCGUGUUGGGAUACAGUGUUCAAAGGGUCAUAUGAAUCUGGCAUUGCUUCUUACAAGCACAUGUACUUCAAUGCCACUACAAAUACUCUAAAAAUAUGGAUAACCAUUGUAAUGGGAAUAAUUCUGUUUUAUGAAACAGUGAAACAUUUAACAUGGCUAGCAUUUCAAAAUCGUCUCAGAUUUAGCAUGACGAUACUUUUUUCCACUGCUAUUUUUUCUCACUAUUAUACUUGGUGGGUUUAUAUGAAUUAUUGGAAUGAUGAAUUUUAUUCUCAGUGGUACCAUCAGUUAUUUUUCUCCAUCACCGAACUGGUAUCUACAAUCCUGGUUAUACAUUUAGCAGAUACAAAGAAUCCAAUCACACAUAGAAAAGCCUUUGGCAUUGCUGCAAUUGCUAUUCUACAUAUUGUAGCAGGUGGUUGGGAUCAAUUUGUUGCUAAUGUUGUUAGAGGGGAAGGCUAUGCACAUCAGGUGGUGCGAGAUCUAGGAUUCAUGAUCCCAGAUAUACUCCAUGUUGGUAUUCCUUUAUGGGCAGUUAAGUGGAAAAAUAUAUAUAAUCUUCCAGGGUCAACCAAAAGAGAUCCUAGUAUCAAAAGGGAUUUGGCAUACAUGUUAGGGAUGAUAUGUAUAGGAUUGUGCAUUUGUGCCAUUUUGUAAUAUCUCAACAAUUCCAAUGCCUAAGAA